CCGAAUCGGACGCAUGCGCGGAGGUGCGCGGGGCCUGUCUGGUAUUGUCCCGCGCGCGCGCGCGCGCCCGCCCAAAGCAAAUGGAGAAUCCCGGCCCGCCCUGAGGUAAUUUUUUUUUUUUGGCGCCAGUAAUGGCGGCCGCUGAAGCGGCUGAGGCGACCUUCCGUCGUCGCCUGGCUUCUUCCCGGGCCCGCCAAGCCGUCCUUUGGACCCGGGCACGGAGCCUUUGCCGUCGGCUCCGGGCUCUGCAAGGCCGGCAGGUGGAACGGCACGUCCGGCACCAGCUGAACGGCUUGGUGACGGGCCGAAGCCGGACGCGGCCUGGUCGGAACGUCGGCGGCGACGGGGCCGAGCUGAGGCAGCUGGCGGCCGAGGCUCAAGCCCGGCUCCGGGCGGCCCAGCGGGGCUGCGACUCCGAUGCCACAGAGAGCGCCUCGGCCGCCUCUUCCUCGUCGUCCUCGGCCUCUUCUUCCUCCGGCUCCUCGCUCGGGAUCUCUUCGUCCUCGUCGUCGUCGUCGUCUUCGUCCUCCGCCUCGGCCGCCUCCUCUUCCUCAGACAGCGAAGGCCCCGAGCCGGGCCCCGGGCCCCGAUGCCGCACCGGGGUGGGGCACCGGCUGGCACAGCGCCAGUGGGCGAUGGAGAGAGCGGCCAUCAUCUGUCGCUGGACGUGGCUGCAAGCUCAGGUGUUGGACCUGGAGUAUCGGAUAAGGCAGCAGACUGACGUUUACAAGCAGCUCCGUGCCAACAAGGGCCCAGUUAUCCUGGGCAGCCUCCAGCAGGAAGAUGGGCUCAAGCCGCCAAGCCGCCUGGCCUCCCCUGCAGGGGGGAUGAACUCCAGGAAAACCCCAGCCCAGCCUCCCUCCUCCCCCCACCUGAAGGUGCCCACUGGACUAUCGCCUUGUAUCCCUUCUUAUCUCCUCCAAAAUGCAGAAAAACAGAAUUCUCACCUCGCCCAGUCCUUAAGGAACCUGGUCUGUCAAAAUCCCUCCUGCGCCCGCAUCAAUGGUUCUCCAGAGCCCCCCAAAGCCUGCCCGUCCCCCCAUCAAGUCAACGGAAUCAGCAACUGCUUGAGCACCUGCGCCACCAGUGGCAGCUCUGCCGAAGGCCCGGCCUCUGAGAGGCACCUCAAGAAACCUCCACCGGCAAACCACAGCCUGCCCGGUGUGGCCUCGGCCCUGGACAACAGCUGCGUGGCAGCUCGGAUCCGUCCCAUCUGCAGGUACAAGAAGCGCCGGCUGGUGAGACUCGGCUCUAUCGCUCACCUGAACCGGAAGCCGCCGAAGCCUCUCAGCCUGAAGUGCACCUGUGAGCAGCCCAACUCCUGCAUUUUGUGCAACUUCAAGGCCUCGCUGCCCCCCCUCGACCCAGAGGCCAUGUCCUUGGAGGAACGCAUCGCCUUGCUGGACUCCAGCUUCCACCCCAUCCUCUCCUUCCCACACGGCAACCCUCUGCAUUUACACUUCGAGGCCUUGCUCCGAGAAGACCACUGGCGCACCCCGAAACCCGACUUUCCGAAGCCGCCCCAUGCCAGUUUGAAAGACUUAACCAACAAUGUUGGCUCCCCAUCACUUGCCGCUCCGGGUACUCUGUUGAAAGGAUUGGCCGGCUUUGGGCUUUGCGCCCGGCGCCCCGUGCCCAACAAACCGGGUGCUCUGCACUCGGCGCCGCCUCUGUGCCUCGAAAACUCUCCUGUUCUGCAUGCCAAUCACGUGCCCCCUCAUCCUGCCACAGCCGGCAGCAGCAGCAGCUCCGCCUUGCCUGCCAAAAAGAAAAAAGUGGAAACUUCCUACGAUAUCAACAACAUCGUCAUACCAAUGUCCAUGGCCUCCGCCACCCGGGUGGAAAAAUUGCAGUAUAAAGAGAUUUUAACCCCCAGCUGGAGAACAGUGGAUCCCAAAGAGUUGGUGAUCUUAGAGGAAGCAGACAUGGAGCUGGAAGACACUUCGGAUGAAACGUAUCUGACCUAUCACCAAAAAUUUGAAGAGCUGGAACGAGCCCGCUGGGAUUCCUGGACCGGAACGUCCUCCCAGAGACGAGGAAACAGGAGCUCCUCCCAUAAAGCCGAUGGGCGCUGGGUGCCUCCUCCUGGCUGCCAGGACAGCGUGCCGAACAGCCUUCACUACCUUCAGGAUGCCAACUCUCCCACUGUAUCGCUCAGCCCAGACCCCUUCAACAUUCCAACGUCCCUGGUGUUAAGAGGCCGAGGAGGGAAUUCCUUCAGUGAAGACUCUUCCUUCAAUACAGACGAGAUCCAGAAUGUUCUGCCUUGGGAACCCCGCACCUUCCCACUUUCCGAUGCCGACUACCGGGCGCUUCACGACUCCUCCCACAAAACCUUUGGCCAGCAGUGGGAUGAAGCCUUGAGGACUAACUACAUGAACACCGCUGGCCUCUCUUACCUGAGAGAGGCGUUCCCGGCGAAACGUCCGGGACCUCCCGAGGACGGUGAUCGGCAGCACCAGGCCGAGCCACGUUGCUUCAUCGCCUCCAUGCUGAAUAACAGAUGACCUCUCGGGCUCCGGAGAGAAGACGUCGGGAGAGUUUCACCCACACUCUAGAGAGGCAUCACCGAGCUCAGCUGGCAAGCCAGGCGCCAGGAAAGUCGAGCACAACGCGGAGGUCCAUCUUUGGACUAGGGAGUUCCCCACGACCGGCGAGAAGGGCCGGCAGGGGCCAUUCGCCGAGCCUCUGUGGGGCGGGAGGAGGGGGUGACCUGGAGAAGCCCAUCGGUAGGUGGGAGAACUCGGAGCACCACACAGGAAGGAAGGUUAGGGGCUGCGGGAGACAACCCACCUACCUCCCCAAAAAGGGAAGCAGAGAGGCUGCAGCACACACCAAGAGGAGAUGCUUGGAACGGACACGGUUGAUGGGAACCUCAAAAGCAGGAGGGAAGUGUGGAUUAAUUGGGGAGAUUGAUUAGUGGACGAUAGGCUUCGUCCCCCAGAGCCGCUAGUUAAUGGGGUGGGGGUUGCGAAGGAAAGGUUCUGCAGGGAAGCGCGAUAAAUUUUAUCAUUUUGAUCUAUGCCGCUCUGGAAUCCACGGUGUUCUGAACACAAAACUCGUUCUGGAAUCGGCGGUUUUUCCUAACUCUGAAUCAUUGUUUCUCCUGAUCUUUUUGGGAGGGGAGAAAAAAACAAUCAAUCAUGAUUGCUACCGAUGCUUUUUAGACUCUUCUAUUCAGAAAAGCGGCCGAUGCUAUGCAGUUGUACGGAAAUGCUAAUUUAAUCAAUAAAAGGAACUUGACCAGAUAAUAA